CCCAUCUCAUUUUAACUCUCAGGGAAAUUCUGGUGGGCUUUUUCUAUUUCUAUUCACUGAUCUUGUUAAGAGGCAAUCCUCACGUCUCAAUCCCCUAUCACUAUAAAAAUGCUAAGUGACUUAAGGAUUUUCUUUAAAAUCAACUUUGUAGCCAUUCAGCCGGUUUGGUCCCAGUACAAAAGAUUUUUUCCACUUCCAAUAUCUUCAACUCAAUUUAGGCAGUGAAAAUUGGGCCCUAAAUUUUUGCGACCCAACCCCCAACCUAAACAUUUCGCAGGCUACUGAGCUGCAUAAAGCAGAGACUGCCAAUUUUGGAUUCUGGGAUUCCCAGGACAUCAGGCCAAGCAUCUGAGCGGUCCACCCAGGGGUGAAUUCCACAGAUGGUUUCUUUUCUCUCUGGGGUCAGUGCUUUAACAUCUGGGUAGUCAGAUCGCGCAGACAGGGUAACUAAGCACAGAAAACAGCUGGGCAUGUUGCUCUGAGCCCAGACCCACCGUGACCAGUGGUUCUUAGAAACCGUUUCUGGAAAUGCCAACUCCAACAGGCGUGUAGCGUCUGAGUGCUGAUAAGGCAAGCACAGUUUAGAACUUUAGGGCCAAGCCUGCAAUUUUGAGAAAUCCUUUUAAGUUUUGGAUUUAUCCGGGGCAGAGAAGGUGUACAGGUAGUAACUUCAUGCAGCUGGGAGGGGGUGUUGCACUCACAUUCUUCCCAGAUUCUGCACAAACAGGUUUGGAAGAGAAAACUUAGGAAGUCCAAGUUCAGCAUUAAAAUAAGUAACUCGCCACCCAAGAUUCUAAGCACUUUCCUCUCAGUCUUCGGACGCACUUGCACCUUAGUGCGCCUGCGCCCCCGCAAACUGCAACCCCGCCUCCUCGUUGGGGACGUAAAACGUGCGCCGAGAGUUGGAACGCGGGUUGAGCAUGCGCCGUCAUUGCAUCAGCCGCCGGGUCCGUGCUGGGUGCUGGAACGCCGGAGAAGGUUGUGUUUGCUGCUGUGUCUCUUGCUCGCUUCUGGCGCGGUGUGCCGGAAGACUAGGAAAAGAAGGGCUAGAGUAAGUGUUCCCCUUGGCCGUUUGAGUCGGAGCUAGGGCAUUUCUUUCCUGCCAGGCAAGUGCCUGUAGGAAUCGGACCCCGCCCCCUUCCCGAUCUAGACUCCUACCUUUUCCCUCCCUGUCCCUUUCCCACUGAGGACCUUCUCCUUUCCUCUUGUUCUGCCUCUGAACCCCCGCGGAGGUCAUGAAGCUUGUGAGGAAGGACAUUGAGAAAGAUAAUGCGGGCCAGGUGACCCUAGUCCCCGAGGAACCUGAGGAUAUGUGGCACACCUACAAUCUAGUGCAGGUGGGCGACAGCUUGCGCGCCUCCACCAUCCGCAAGGUACAGACGGAGUCCUCCACGGGCAGUGUAGGAAGCAACCGGGUCCGCACCACUCUCACUCUCUGCGUGGAGGCCAUCGAUUUUGACUCUCAAGCCUGCCAGCUGCGGGUUAAGGGAACCAACAUCCAAGAGAAUGAGUAUGUCAAGAUGGGGGCUUACCACACCAUUGAGCUGGAGCCCAACCGCCAGUUCACCCUGGCCAAGAAGCAGUGGGACAGUGUGGUUCUGGAGCGCAUCGAGCAGGCCUGUGACCCAGCCUGGAGUGCAGAUGUGGCCGCUGUGGUGAUGCAGGAAGGCCUCGCCCAUAUCUGCUUAGUCACUCCCAGCAUGACACUCACUCGGGCCAAGGUAGAGGUGAACAUCCCAAGAAAACGGAAAGGCAACUGUUCCCAGCAUGACCGGGCCUUGGAGCGGUUCUAUGAACAGGUGGUCCAGGCUAUCCAGCGCCACAUAAACUUCGAUGUUGUGAAGUGCAUCCUGGUGGCCAGCCCGGGAUUUGUGAGGGAGCAGUUCUGCGACUACAUGUUUCAACAAGCAGUGAAAACCGACAACAAAGUGCUCCUGGAAAAUCGGUCCAAGUUUCUUCAGGUACAUGCCUCCUCUGGACACAAGUACUCCCUGAAAGAGGCCCUUUGUGACCCUUCUGUAGCUAGCCGCCUUUCAGACACUAAAGCUGCUGGGGAAGUAAAAGCCUUGGAUGACUUCUAUAAAAUGCUACAACAUGAACCUGACCGAGCUUUUUACGGACUCAAGCAGGUGGAGAAGGCUAAUGAGGCUAUGGCAAUUGACACAUUGCUCAUCAGCGAUGAGCUGUUCAGGCACCAGGAUGUCGCCACACGAAGCCGGUAUGUGAAGCUUGUGGACAGUGUGAAAGAGAAUGCGGGCACAGUUAGGAUAUUCUCUAGUCUUCAUGUAUCAGGGGAACAACUCAGUCAGCUGACUGGAGUAGCUGCCAUUCUCCGCUUCCCUGUCCCUGAACUCUCUGACCAAGAGGAUGAUUCCAGUUCUGAAGAAGAUUAAUGAUCGGACCUUAUAAUUGAGACAAGCUGUGUCCCCAUUGUUACAUAUCGUAGCAUCCUGACAGAACGCUGCAAGGCACUUCGUGAUUCUUACAUGGAUUUCACAUGUAUUUGGUCACACUAGGUAUUUUGAAAUUGGCAAGACGUGUUCAAACUAAACAAUAAAUUAAAAGGAAAUAAUCUCCAUGUACUACCAUUUUAUUAAUUAGGAUAAUUUAUAUAGAAAUUAUGAGUUAUUUGCAGUACUUAAAAACAUUUUGUAUAUAUAAGAAUGCCUUAUAUUCUUUGGGAUAGGUCAUAAAAUCCCAAAUGUCAUACUUUGAAAUAAGUUUUUUCUAAGGAAAAGCCGUUAAGUAUUUCAUCAUCCUUAGUUUCAACUGUUUAUUUUAAUUCUGCAUAAUGUCCUUGUAUGGUGUUUAAUGAUCCCUUUCCUCCAUUUCCUGUACACUUUUUUUUUUCUAAGUGAUGGCAAAUAAUUUGUAGACUUUUCUAGAAGACAAAUUUAAAAUGGUAUUUUUCUUAAGAGACUUGUUAAAUCAGGCAUGGUACAAGUAAACUCUUGGUGGGUUUUUUGUUUUGUUUCCUUUUACAAUUACUCAUACUUGCUUUGGAGGACCAUUUAAUUCGUUAUUUUUAGGUCAUAGAGUUUCAUUCUGCUAGGGAUUCUCAAGAUAAGCUAUUUGAGGUGUCUUUAUUUUAAAAAUGCAAUUAAGGUGUGUCAUUUGCUUGUUAUAUGGCUAAUUAGUGCUAAAGCGGAAAGUAGUUCCUACUCCGGGCUCCCUUUCUUUGCACUGCCACACUAUAUGUAUUUAUUUGGCUUAUCCUAGAAAUAUGUAUUGCUGUCUUAAAUUUCUAUGUGGCAUUAGUCUGUGCUUGCACAUUCUUAUUGCACUCUCUCUACAUACUAUUUUAGGAGGUGAGAAGGCCUGUUCAGAAAGUUUAAGUCGCAUCAUUUGUAGUAUGUGAUAGUUGACUUGUACUCCAGCACUCUACUGUAAUGAGGGAGUUUCUGCUAAUACCUGAGAGUUUACAAUAUUUUCAUUAUUUUAAGAAUUAGGGAGGGAUCCUUGGAAUGGAAUUGCAUCCUGACCUUUUACAAAACUCAGUUUAGCAAAAUAAUUAGGAAAGGCAUUAUGAAGAAAGAGUGGUAAUUCAAUUUUUAACACAUUGGUACCCACUUGAAAUACAGAAAUUAAGUAAACUUUUGCUUGUCCUUUUCUGUGUCUGGGCUUUUUCUCCUGGGACAAGUGCAAAAUCGGGAUUAUAUAUAUAUAAAUAUAUAUAUUUAUAUAUAUAUAAAUAUAUAUUAUAAACUUCUGACUAAUCUGAGCUUAUUUUAAUCUGUAAUUAGGAAUAGAUGCUUCCAUAAUUUCUACAUAUCUACCUCCUAAUCUAAAAAUAAUUUAGAGUGUCAUUUUAUUUUAAGUCUAUGGAUAUUUAAAAUACUAUGAAGAGCAUGUUAUUAAAUAAUUUGGUAGGAGUAUAGAAAUGAAACUGCUAAGAUUCUUAAUAUUAGAACCUGAUUGAUAAUGACUCAUAUUACCAGUAAAAGUUUGGAGACUUGGGGCGUAUAUUGCUCUCAUAAUCUAUGCAGUACAGGUUAUUCCUAGUUCUGUUACCUACUGUAUUAGAAACAAGGAGAAAUAAAACCUACCCAUAAAUCUGACCAUUUUAGGUCAUAGAUUCUCAAAGUUAGCUGGUUGUUAGCCUGAACUUGGGAGCUUUUGAAACUCAUUACCCAGACUGGAUCCCAGGCUCAGUAACCUUUCAACCUUAGAAAUGGUUUCUUAUAGCUCUCCAGGUGAUUCCAUUAGGUAUCAGGACUUAGAACCACUGAUUCAGGCCUUGCAAUUCAGAAGUGUGGUCCACGGAUCACUAGCAGACUAUGGACCAAGACCCUAAGAGCUUGUCAGAAACUGGAAUCCAGGAUCAAUCCUGGGCCUUCUGGGUUUCAGUCUAUAUUUUAACAUCUUCAGUUGAUUACUAUGCAUAAUAAAAUCUGAUAAACAUAGGCAGGAACUUAUUCUCCCUGUACUAAUAAAAAUCUCUGGCUGGGGUUGCCAGCCAUAGAGGAAAAACAUUUGAGUCUCAAGGUUGAUUUCAGUGAGUUAAUUGGCCAGUAUUCAGCUUAACUAUCUGUAAAACUCAAAAUAAUAGUGUAUGUUUUUGUCUAUAGAGUACUUAAAAUAUCUUCAAGAAUUCAUGUUUUUAAAAAGUUACAUUCUGGAGGCACCUGGGUGACAGCUGGCUAAGUGUCCAUUUCUUGAUUUCAGCUCUGGUUUUGAGAUGGAGACCUGCAUUGGGCAUGGAGCCUGCUUAAGAUUUUCUCUGUCCUUCUCCCCCUAAUACCCCUCUAAAAAAAAAAAAAAAGUUAUAUUCUCUACCAUUGUCAAGAGUAUAAAUUCUCAUAUAUGUAUAGCAUGAAAUAUCAAAAUAGUGAUAGCAUAUAAAAUUUUAAAAUUACAAUUUUUUUUUCUUUUUUACUAUUCUCUAAAAAGCAAAAUGAACCAUAAGUCUUUGGAAGUCAUAUUCAGUAGUCUAAUUCAUUAAUAUGAAUGUCUAAUUCAACUGCUAUUCAUUAAUAAGGAACAGCUUGGCUACAAAUGGAAACACCUGUCAAGGCAAUGUUGUACUGUAAAUUUCCAUUUACCAUCAGGUACUUGUAAACAAAGAUUUGUUCCCUGCCCCCCCCCCCCCCCGCCCCCGCCACCAGCACAAUAAAUGAGAAGCUGGCAGAUUGUUUAAUUUUACUCUAGGCAUGAAAUACAUCAAGUUUAUUUUGCUA